UAUCUCCAUGUUUAUGAACUUUUGCUAGAUGUUGUAUCUAUUCCAAAAACCAAUGAGAAUUUCCGUCUACUUUAUGAUACCAAGGGUCGAUUCCGGCUCCAUUCUGUGAGGGAUGAGGAGGCUAAGUUUAAACUUUGCAAAGUUCGAUCUGUCCAGUUUGGGAAGAAAGGCAUUCCCUAUCUCAACACCUAUGAUGGAAGGACAAUUCGCUAUCCAGACCCACUCAUCAAGGCAAAUGACACAAUCAAACUUGACCUUGAGUCAAACAAAAUUGUUGAUUUUAUCAAGUUUGAUGUUGGCAAUGUUGUGAUGGUGACCGGUGGAAGGAACAGGGGACGUGUUGGAGUGAUCAAGAGCCGUGAGAAGCACAAGGGAAGCUUUGAAACUAUCCACAUCCAGGAUGCUCUUGGUCAUGAGUUUGCUACACGUCUGGGCAAUGUGUUCACUAUUGGAAAAGGUACAAAGCCAUGGGUGUCUCUUCCAAAGGGCAAAGGUAUUAAGUUGUCCAUCAUCGAGGAGGCAAGAAAGAGGCUUGCUGUCCAAUCAGCAACAAUAGCAUAGAUAUAUACGAAUUUCUUUCAGGCAAUUCUUGAAGUAGAUUUUUACUUUCAUGCUGGCUCGAACGCUGUCCUAUUGUUAUUAUCGGACAUGUUUUGGAGAAGUUACAUUUUGUUUCCAUUUGUUAACAGUUUUGACUUAUUUAUUAUGUUCUUCGGAUUUUUUUAAUUGAUUUGGAUAUUUAUGUGACAACUUUUAUUGAUUUA